AUGAGAGUGACCGUGAUUUUGGUUUUUGUGGCCCUUGCCCUAGGACUCGUUGACGCGGCUCGGAGGAGAGACAGAUUUAUGACGAAACCGACGCCGUCAGCGUCGCUCGUCGAUAGACAGUUCGCCUUCGCUGGACAACCCGAAGAAUUGAUAAGCCUAUGGAACAACUUCGAUAGCCACAAAUUGAAUGUCCGUGCGGACACCUGGAAGAACGACACGUCGGGAAACAACAGGAUCGUUCUCAAUAGUGUCAGACAGUAUCCUGGAUUCCCGAGCAAUCCGGGCGACACGAAUGAGCUUCCGAAUCCCAUUUCACCACCGGUGCAACCGGCACCACCGGCGUAUAAACCCCCGCCGGGCUGCCUGGGCUUGAGGGGCCAGUACUCGAGCCCGAAGAGCUGCGCUAACUAUCUAAAUUGCUGGGAUGACGUGGUGGUCGAACAAACUUGCCCGGCCGGACUGCUGUUCAAUGACGUCGCCGGUUACUGCGACUUCGCGUACAACGUACGCUGCGGUGAUCGAUUGCCCGCCACGCCGAAGCCACCGUUGCCGGCGGGAUCGAAGUUAUGUCCGGAUCCGAAUGGACGUUACAGAAGCUCGACCAACUGUUCGGAAUUCUAUGUGUGUGCCGCGGGCAAACCCAUCAAAUUCUACUGCCCUCUCGGUUUGGUCUACAGUGACAUACUGAACGUCUGCGACUAUCAAUACAACGUGAAUUGCAAAGGCACAGCCACACCGAAACCACUCAAGCCUACACAACUGCCAACUCAAUCUCCGCCGUUGUCUACCUAUGCUCCUAUUAAGCCGCCCACUCCUCCCAAGCCACCGACUUAUCCGCCUCAACCACCAACUUACCAGCCUCAAGCGCCGACUUACCAGCCCCAAGCGCCGACUUACCAGCCCCAAGCGCCGACUUACCAGCCCCAACCGCCGACUUACCAGCCUCAACCACCGACUUAUGCGCCACAGCCAUCAACCUAUCCCCCUAAACCACCAGGCUAUCAGCCGCAGCCUUACCCAUCACCGCCCCCUUCGUAUUCUGCGAAUUCUUGGUUGAACCAACCCAAAUCCGAUUCCUGGCAUCAGCGAAACCUAGCGACUCAACAGGAGAUCGACAAAGAGACGCAGGAACCAGAAGUAUUAACUGAUAGUCCAGCAUUAGACGAUCAGUCCACACAUGACGCGAUAGAAACUUCCAGUUUGUCGAAUCCAUGGACUCUACUUCAAGAGAUACCACCCGAGCUAAUGAGUACCCCGUGUCAAAAUGGCGACGUGUACAAGCUCAAUAACUAUUGCACUAAGGUGGUUAUUUGUAGACUCAACAAGCCCAUAGUGGUGGAAUGUACACCGGGACUUUCAUACGACAAACUAUCGGACAAAUGUAUGCCUUUCAAAAUUGCGAUAUGUGAACCUGUUACACCUAUACCUCCUACCAUUUUGCCCUAAGGACGUACAUCGAAUUAAAAAUGAUAUUUUUAUAAAAACACCAUAUUCAUCUUCCAUUUCACUAUUUGUGCGAUAAUAUUUAAUUAAAACUUCAAGCAAUAGCUAAAGAAUUAUUAGUAAGCAAAUUUGACAGCGAUUUCUCGAGAACGAUAAUGAAAGGGCCUGAAACAAAAUAAAUAACGAAGUAGAGAUAUGUCAUUAAUGAUUUUUCAUAUUUUACUCCGCAUAUCUUACUUUGCAUUUACCCUCAAUGUACUAUGCUACGAAGGAAGCGAAAGUUUUCCAAUUUGUAAAUAAAUAUAAGCUAAACGUCUAUCGCUCUUUU